GCUGGGGUAGAGAGGUCGGUCGGCUCUCCUGCAGCUGCAGCCGCAGCCAGAGCAGCAGCAGCAGCCCAGCGGCUGGAAGGAGCGAGGUGUCGGCGUGGGGCGGGCCGGGCGCAGCAUGACUGCCAUCGCCGUGCAGGCCCAGAGGCUGUUGGGCCAAAGGAGGCCCCACCGGUCCUUCUUUGAGUCCUUCAUCCGGACCCUCAUCAUCACCUGCACCGCCCUGGCUGUGGUCCUCUCUUCGGUCUCCAUCUGUGAUGGGCACUGGCUCCUGGCUGAGGACCACCUCUUUGGGCUGUGGCAGUUCUGCACCAUUACCAACCAGAGUUGGCCACACUGCCUCAGAGACCUGAGUCAGGCCCAUGUUCCUGGGCUGGCUGUGGGCGUGGGUCUGGCUCGUAGCGCGGGCACCAUGGCUGUGGUGGCAGCCAUCUUUGGCCUGGAGCUCCUCAUGGUGUCCCAGGUGUGUGAGGACAUCCAUUCACGACGCAAGUGGACCAUUGGUUCCUUCCUUCUCCUGGUCUCUUUCAUCCUGUCCUCUGGAGGGCUCCUGAGUUUUGUGAUCCUCCUCAGGAAUCGGGUCACAUUCACCGGCUUCACCCUGAUGUUUUGGUGUGAAUUCACUGCCUCGUUCCUCUUCUUCCUGAAUGCCAUCAGUGGCCUUCACAUUAAUAGCAUCACCCAGACCAAGAACCAACCAAGGAAAUUCUAGCACCCCUCCAGGGACCUUGGGUUCUACAAGAAAGUGAUCAACGUGGAACUUUUCUGACAUGUGGCCUCUGGUAGAGAUGGGGUGGGACAAUGACCUUGAAGUUGCUGCCUCUUAGCAGCUGGUUGGGAGGGCCAGAGGCCAUGAGUCUGCAAGCCUGCCUCAGUGCCACCUGCUACACAGGCUUCGUCAAGUUAUUAAGAUAUUGAUUUUAAAAGAAGACUAUUUUAAAACUCUUUUCUUGGGUUUUAUUCCCUGGACUGGAGUAGAUUUGGUUUGCAAUUCUGAUAAUGGUGCCCAGGCUAGCUGCUCAGUCAAAUAUGGUUCACACCUAUUUUAUUGACUCUGUGCUAGGGUAUUGGCUGUGGGGGCCUGGACUCUUGAAGUUGCUAAGAAUCUAUUGUUCUUCCAGCUAAGGGACCAAAUCAGUGCCUAGGACUCUCUACCAGUUCAGUGGGCCUUUGUGUGUAUUUUCCCUUAGAACAUCUUGCACAUAAUGGGCUUUCAAACUAUUUGACUUGAUUUCUCCCCUAUUCUUGUGGGGCCCACACAAUCCCUGGAUAACCCCACCUUCUAGAAACUGGCUGCUCCUUCUGGGGGCUCUUCCCAUCAGAAUCCUUCCCUGAGCAAGCCCUCGCAGAAGGGACCAGCAAAUGGGGAGCACGCCGUCCUUCCCAAGGCCUGUGUGUGCACUUGUGCACACUUGCAUGUCUGCAGCCUCGGGGUACCAUUUUUGGAUCCUAGAACACAUUUCAAAGAGCACAUAUCUGGGCCUGCUGGGCUCCACAGGGGGUGAAGAGAACAGCCAGACUUUGGGUAAUGAUUAACCACCAUCCUGGGGAUGAGGAGAAGAGAAGGGGUCAAGAACCAGUGGAGAUUUCCAUCCUUGCUGGAAGGAAGGGGAUCUAUCUGUACUUUUGUUCACCACGUUGCCCCUUUUCCAGUUCUUUUAUCUGCCCAGAAAAAGUGAACUUGUGGCCCAUUUUAUUCUAGGCUGAUCCCUUCCCUCUCCCACAUAGUGAAUUCUAGUGACUAUCAAUUGCAUGAGUUUUUGGUCUCUGCCCUUCCCUUGUCACUGCAGGUCUCUUCCUGGGCAGGCCAUGUA